UAUCACUUGUCAUAUACCCGGUCGUGACCUCCUCACAUUUCAAGGUUUACUGUCAUUUUUCUUUUCGAAAAUGACAGACACAAAGCCCCUCUCCGAUGUUCGAGUUCUGAUAGUUGGCGCUGGCUUCGCCGGCCUGACAGCCGCCAUUGAAACCCGAAAGCGAGGCGCAUCAGUCAUUGUCUUCGAUGGAAAUAAAGAGCGGAGACAACUCGGCGACAUUAUCUCAUUUGGCUCCAAUUCAGGCCGCAUUUUUAGGAGCUGGCCUGGUGUCGAGGGGAAAUUGGACCCAAUCUGCCAUCACAGUGAUGGCCUCGAGUUCCGCGCUUUCGAUGAUGAGUUUCUGACGAAGCAGAUCUGGGAUUCCGAGGCCAACUGGGGAAAGCGCUUCAACGGCCACAGGGGCGAAAUCCACGAGGCGGUAUGGGAUCAUGCCGUCGAUCUGGGUGUGGAGAUCAGGUUAUCAUCUAAAGUGUCAGAGUAUUUUGAGACUGAUAAUGAGGCUGGUGUCAUAGUAAACGGAGAGCGCUUUGCUGGAGACGUCGUCUUAGCGGGUGAUGGUGUGAGAAGUACGGCAAGAACGAUAGUCCUUGGGUUCGAGGACAAACCAAAGAGCAGCGGCUAUGCUGUGUACCGGGCAUGGAUGGGUACCGAGGGACUGAAAGCCAAUCCAUUGACUGCAUGGUUGGCAGACCCGACCAUUGACCACCACGUGGGCUGGCUGGGGCCCGAUGUCCAUUUCCUGGUAGCUACGCUCCAGAAUGGAACGGCUUGUAGUUGGGUAUUGACACAUAAGGAUGAAGCUGAUGUGGAAGAAAGCUGGAACGCUCCGGGCGACAUAGAUGAAGCUGUCAAGUCUGUAGAAAAUUGGGCCCCUAUCGUGCACGCUAUCAUCCGUGCCACACCUCAAGACAAACUGAUAGAUUGGAAGCUCGUCUUCCGCGACCCUCUACCAACCUGGAUCAGCCCCAAGCGCCGAAUAGCUCUCAUGGGUGAUGCCGCCCAUCCAUUUCUUCCGACCUCCAUCCAGGGUGCUUCUCAGUCUAUGGAAGAUGGGGUUACCGCAGCAAUAUGCCUUGAGCUCGCCGGAAAGGCGAAUAUUCCCGAUGCUAUUCGUGCAUACGAGAAGUUGAGAUACCCACGAGUGCUUGCUACGCAGCGAACUGGUAUCACGAACCGAGAUAAUUGGCACAAAGCGGAUUUCGACCUGGUGAAGAAGAAUCCGGAGGUUGUCAAACUGCCUCGACAUGAGUGGGUGCUGAACUUCGAUGUGUAUAAAAACACCUACGACAAUUACGAGAAGACGGUAGAAGAGCUGAGGGCCGAACCGGAUUGGAAGCCAGACACUACGUUAUAG